CAGAACACCAACACAUUACCCCAGGCGCACUGAUAAUGUUACCUAGCAGGCUGAUGAAACAUCUGCAAUCAAACACAUCAGUUCCACAAGCAAGUUUACAGCCUCAUCCACAGCCCAAGCUACAAAUUUUCUCAAAAUAAAACAUGAAACCACUCCCCACGUCUAUCUUUUGCUUUAGUUCCUUAUGUGAGUCAACAUCAGUGUUUGAUUAUUUUAUGACACCAAAAGGACUUCAUAGACACAGCCUCAAACACAAGUUGUCACCAAACGUAAUAAAAUGUGAGGCUGGAUGAACACAGCAGGCCAAGCAGCAUCUCAGGAGCACAAAAGCUGACGUUUCGGGCCUAGACCCUUCAUCAGAGAGGAUGUCACCAAACGUAUCUGUCAGCUUUCUAUGUUGGUAACAAACCUGUUGAAGUGUGUAAUGACACACAACUGGGACCUGAGGUGUAUCAUAAUAGCCUUACUUUGGGGGGAAAUUGCAAAAACAUUUCAUUUCCGUGUAACCGCCCCCAGCGAGCUCAGUGCAGUAUUACAAUAAGCGAAAAGGAUUUCCUUUUAAAGGCAUUUAUAUAAAGAGGCUGAGAACACAGCUCUGCUGGUAUUCGCUGCUUUUAUCGAGCUCUGGUGAAUUAGUGUGACAAUCUCCUGAAGUGACGUCGCUUCUGAUUGGUUAUUAUCAAAUCAGCCGCAAUCUCUCUUAAAGCAAGGAACGCAGUCACGACAUAUUAACCCACUCUCACCAAGCUUUUCGUUGUUGAAAUUUCUGGUUUGGCAGUGGACUUGUCGUCUGUGUAAAUAAGAAGGAAGGCUUGCCAUUUAUCGGUAGUUUUUCAUUAUGUUGUGGCGUUCAAUGCCUCUAUUUGUUUUGGGUGUGGGUAAUGAUAGUGAAUUGUUGCUGGAAUCGCUCUCCUGGUUCAUGGUCCUGCUGGGAGCCGGUGUCUUCGUGGUCUUGAAGUUCAUCGAUUUGCCGUACGGGAGGUAUGCUUGCAGCAAGUUCGGCUUUCCAGUCAACGUGAAGAUUGCCUGGUUCAUCCAGGAGCUGCCGUCUCUGAUAGUACCACUCUAUCUAGUGUGUUUCAGCACUGAUAUUAAACCUUUGCCGCUUCCCAAUCGCCUGCUGUUGGGCAUGUUCAUCGGCCAUUAUAUCCACCGGUCACUGAUAUUCCCCUUUUUAAUCAGAGGUGGAAAAGCAACACCCUUCAUUCCUUUUGCAUUAGCUUUCAUAUAUUGUGCAUUUAAUGGAUAUCUGCAGGCUAGAUUCCUCAGCAAAUAUGCUGUCUACCCUUCAAACUGGAUAACUGAUCCACGCUUUCUCACAGGUUUUGCACUCUGGGUUUUUGGUCUAUCAGUAAACCUACAUUCUGACCAUAUCCUCAGAAAACUACGAAAACCUGGUGAAACAGCAUAUAAGAUCCCACGUGGAGGAAUGUUUGAGUAUGUGUCUGGUGCUAACUUCCUUGGAGAAAUAGUAGAAUGGACUGGGUUUACCAUAGCUUGUUGGUCACUGCCUAGUGCAGCAUUUGCUAUAUUUGGAUUUUUCAUUCUUGCUUCUCGGGCUACACACCAUCACAGAUGGUAUCUGGAAAAAUUCGAAGACUAUCCUAAGUCAAGAAAAGCCUUAAUACCUUUCCUGUAUUGAAAUGGCAAAUACAUAUGAAUGGUUAGAUUCUCCAAUGGAAACUAGAUCAUAAUUGUAUUCAUCAGUGAGAAGUUCAUGUGCAUAUGUCUGAAGUCAGAACUAAAUGGACCAUAAAGUUAUGACUUGUCCACUUCAAUGUAAGAACCCAUUUAACUGCAGGAAUGGGAUCAAUUACUUCUGCACAAUUCCUCUGACCUGUUCGGUCAACUUUUACAAGCAUGGAAUCUUAUUCCUUCAGUUUAAAUAGUUUCAAGAGGUCUUUUAGCAAAAAUAGAAAAUAUUUUUGUUUUUCAUUUCAAUCUUUUUGUUUUCCUUUCUUAAUGCAAUCCCUCCCCCACUGUUAUUAUUUCAAUUUUCACCUGUUUACUAUUCAUUCUGAUUUCUUUUUUUGUUUCCCACUGGCAUCCCUUGGUUCAGGGGCUCUGUUUGUUCAUUGAAACACUUUAAAUCUGUUUGAGAAAUUGCACAGUUGCUUGCUCUGUUUGCACAGAUCAAGAUUUUUUUUGCUAAGUGAGCUGUUUUAAUUUAAUGCAAAUUUCAGUGCAAAACCCCAUCCAAUUUCUCUGAGCAGACGUAAUUAACUAACAUUUUCACUGCUGAGACCAAAAUCUGGUCCAAUGAAAUUCUUGAAUUGGACGGUGUAACUAAUUUGCUGCCUUUUCUUAUUAAAUGAUGCUUUCCCAUAUAAUUGGCACAUUGCCAAGUUAUAUCAUCACCCCAUCUUCAAUAGUUUGAUCCUACUAUCAGAAAGCCCUUAUUUACUUGCAAAUCAGACAGCAACAUCUUGCAGCCAUGUAAAACAAUACAGCAUGGCACGGUACAGGCCCUUCAGUCCACGAUGUUGUGCUGAACUGUUACCCAAAACCUCAGUCUAUCUAACCUCUACCGCUACCUUAUGGAAUGCAGGGCAACAGGACCAUGAAGGCUCGGGAAAGCCCCUUGAUUACCAGCCUGAGUCUGCAACUCAGUGUGUAAAGUAUGUCCUGUGAUAUCUAUCUUGCUCAUGUAAAUUUUGUGAAUCAAAAUGGUAGCAGCUACAGACUGCGUAGGUAAAAUAAAUGUUUCACUUCUCUCAGAGCACUGGGGUGAAACCCUUCACCAGGCAACUGCUCAAGCUCAUCACCACCUUCAAAGGCAACUAGAGAUGCACGAUUGAUGCCAGCCAGCCAGCGCCACUCUCAUCCCUUGUGUGAAUGAAACAAAAUCAGACACUUCCACAGUACAGAUUGGAGUAAUCCCUGAGCAUUGUAACUUGCAUGUGAAGUGCAUGCAGUUUUGUUGUGUGGGAUCAAAUCCUCAUCGUAAGUAAUCUUGACUGUGUCAUUGGUCAUUAGACUGAAGAUAGUCAACUGUGAAGCAAAAGUAAUCAUAGAUGACUUCAAAAGUGGCAUAUUUAAGACAAUCCAAGCUCUUGUAGGCAGGAAGCUGAUUUUUUUCCUUCCUCCAAGCUGUAAGAAUGCACCAAUGUGCUCCUAUAAAUGAUGCUGUCUUUCUUGCCUGAUGUGAAGUAUACUGGGGAGAAGAUAUCAGUAUCUAACACCACCUACAAUAUUCUACUGUGUUUGCACAACACGACUUGAGUUGCAUUCAUUGGCAGAAGCCCCAUAUUUCAAAGGUCCAUGUACGGCAUACCAUGGCCCUUCUUGUCAGAGUCAUUCAUUUUGAUAGUUUAGGAUACACCUCCAUACAAUCAAUGGACAGAUGCCUUACAAGGAUAUUUAGCAGGACACAAGAGUUACACUUUACACUCAUGCUGCUGAUUCUGUUGGGCAAUUCCCUAACUGAGAGACAAUGGUACCCAUUCUUCAACUAGUGCACAUUGUGGAACAGACAAUAGAUCCACUGAGGAUGAGGUUCCAGUCUGCAAUGGUCUUGCAGUACAGAUCAGACAGUGUGCUGCACAAUUCUAGUGUGUUGUGCUCUGCACUACUGUGCACUGAAACUGGCAACAAGCGGAUGUGAUGGAUGCUGAAGGGCUGGGAGAGUAUCAGGCAGUCUUCCAAGAAGAACAUGAGAGUAUUUAUGUUAGCAAAGACAUCACUUCCAUUAUGACUAAUGUCCAUUAGGGAAGGGAACGGCCAUCCUUAUCUGGUUUGGCCUACGUGUAACUCCAGACCUACAGCAAUGUGGUUGACUCUUAGCUGCCCUCUGGCUAAUUAGGGAUGGGCAAUAAACGCUGGCCUAGUCAGUGAUGCUCUUAUGUGAACGAAUGAAGAAACAAAAUGACAAAAUGGUGCAGUGUGAGCUGCAAGAAACCAGGCAAGCCUCAAUUUUAAGUAUGGUUCUAAUAAGGGGUGGGGGGGGAAAAAAAGCAAAGAACAUAUAACACAGGAACAGGCCCUUCAGCCCACCAAGCCUGCACCAACACGAUGCCUUUCUAAACUGAAAAUUUUUGCCUCUGUGAUCUGUAUCCCUCUAUUCCCUCUUUAUUUACAUCUGUCAAGUGCCCCUGAAUGUUCACAUUGUAUCUGCUUCUAUCAUUUCCACUGGCAGCAUAUUCUCGGCACUUCAUCCUCUAUGUAAAAAAAGAAAACCUACCUCCCAUAUCUCCUUUUUAAACUUUCUCCCUUUUAUCUUAAAACUACGUUCCCUAGUAAUUGACAUUUCUAUGCUGGCAAAAAGACACUGACUAUCUUUUCUAUCCAUGCCUCUCAUAAUUUUGUAUCCGGUUAUUCCUCAUCAUGUGAUGUUGAAGUGAAAUCAACCAUGUUUGUCCAUUCUGUCUACACAGCUGAUACCUUCCACAUCAGGUAAACUAUUUCUGUAUCCACUGCAAAGCCUCCACGUCCUUCUGAUCACGUGACAACCAGAACUGUCUGCAUUAUUCCAAACAAGGUCUAACUAAAGCUCUAUACUGCAACAUGACUUGGAAAUUUUUAUACUCUAUACUCCAUACUCCAUACUCCAACCGAUAAAGGCAAGCAUGCCGUAUGCCGCCUUGACCACCUUAUCCAUUUACAUUUGCACUUUCCGGGAACUGCAGACCUGUGCACCUAGAUUUCUCUGUAGGCUAAUACCUCUAAGGGUUCUGCCAUCUAAUGUAUGCCUCCCUCUUGCAUUCAAAAAUGCAAAACACAAGUAGGUAAUUUAUCCCUUCAAGGCUGUUCUGACAAUCGAGGAGAUUAUGGCUGAUCUGAGAUCUAAUUCUACACUUAAUUGCAGUUUACAUGCAGAAAUUUGCUAUCCAAAAUGUCCUGCUUCAUAACUUGUGUAAAAGUAUUAGCUAACCAUGUACUUGACGUUUAAAUGGAUUGAACAUGGGAAGUUAUUUUAUUCCCCAUAAUUUUGAGCUGAACUCUUCAGGAAAGGUUAGUUUUUUUUCUGAUCUAGUGUAAGUUUCUUUAUAAUUGGCUAUUUACCACCUGGUUGCUCCUCCUCCAUUUUUCAGUCUUGGGCCAGUGAUUCCCAGGUGUCUGAGAAUCCUGCAUUUCACCAGUGAGGCUUCUCAUGCACUGAAAGAUAAGUUUUACAUGAAUUGAGUAUCAUUCUUCACUUUUAAUUAUUUGAAGUUGUUUGUUUUAUUUUUUAAAUAAUUUUUGUGGUAUUUCUUUUCAAUCUUGUUUCCUAUCUCUGACUAAUUGGUUCUUUUUCCCUUGUAUGUCAUUUUCCAUAACUGAUCUGAAAAUUAUUUGUUCUGACAUAUACAUUUCCAGCCUCAGACCUUGCACUACCUAGUAAUGUUUCUCCAAUCCCUGGAUAAAGGGAUACACAAUUGCAUUUGGCUGAUAAAGAUCUUCAGGGCAAAUGUUCAUGGAAUAUCUUUGCAACAGUCCAGUGAGCAGCUUCAUUUACCAUUUAGAAUGAAAUAGACUAAUUUAGUGCAGAGAAACAAUGUUUGCUACCAAUGGAUUGUAAAUGCUACUACACAACAAUGUUGCCUUAAGCAUCUUAGCUAUUGACGUUGAUCCAUUGUCAUGAAUUAAGCGUGCACCUCAACUGAGAGCCAAAAGCUCAGCCCAACGCUCGGCUUAAAUUGGACCUUAAGCAUGUAAACGAAGCCUUUGAAAACCUGCUAGUUUUUGUCAUGCGCUCUGAAGCAGUUUGCCCAUUUCCUGAUGAUUCUUUCCUGGUUUCACAUCAAACUUUUUGUAUGUUGAGCAAUAUCAAUAAAUUGUUUUUGACAAAACUGUAUGUAACUGCACCAGUAGCAAC